UGACAUGAUGUUUCCACAAAGCAGGCAUUCGGGCUCGUCGCACCUCCCCCAGCAACUCAAAUUCACCACCUCGGACUCGUGCGACCGCAUCAAAGACGAGUUUCAGCUGCUGCAGGCCCAGUACCAUAGCCUGAAACUCGAGUGUGACAAGCUGGCCAGUGAGAAGUCGGAGAUGCAGCGUCACUACGUGAUGUACUACGAGAUGUCGUACGGCUUGAACAUUGAGAUGCAUAAGCAGGCCGAAAUUGUCAAGAGGCUGAACGGCAUCUGCGCACAGGUCCUGCCCUACCUGUCCCAGGAGCACCAGCAGCAAGUCUUAGGGGCCAUCGAGCGGGCGAAACAGGUCACUGCUCCUGAGCUGAACUCCAUCAUCCGACAACAGCUCCAAGCCCACCAGCUGUCCCAGCUGCAGGCCCUGGCCCUGCCCCUGACCCCGCUGCCUGUGGGGCUGCAGCCGCCGUCGCUGCCAGCGGUCAGCGCGGGCACCGGGCUCCUGUCGCUGUCGGCGCUGGGCUCACAGGCCCACCUCUCCAAGGAAGACAAGAACGGGCAUGACGGGGACGCCCACCAGGAGGACGAGGGCGAGAAGUCCGAUUAGCGGCCGGGA